AUGCACUUGAUUACACAUUGUACUGUUACCGGUAUAAAAACUGACAUUUCUGUUGCGCAUAUACCACAUCUCGUCACUGUCGAACUGGAUCCCGAUGGGGAUUGUGACGUAUGCCUUCCUUGGCAACUCGACUGCGGCUUCGGCAGCCCGCGAUGUAUCUCGAAGAAAAAGCUCAACGAUGGCAAGAUAGACUGCUAUUCUGGGCUCGAUGAGGGCUGCCCUUCUCAUUAUUUUGUAUGUAAAGAUAAAAGUACAUGUAUAGAACCAGCUUUAUUCCAAGAUGGUAAACGACAAUGCGCUGAUGGCAGUGACGAGCCAUGCGCUCCGGGUCAAUUUCCCUGCUCAGAUGCUUCCAAGUGCAUACCUCUACGAAAAUUUCAAGAUGGCGUCGAAGAUUGUGCUGACGGGAGCGAUGAAGAAUGUACGACUUCGCAACUGGAAUGUGGUUGUGGAAAGAUACGCUGUGUGUCACGCAAGCAAGUUGGAGACGAUUUUUGGGAUUGUGAAGAUGGCAGCGAUGAACUCUUCAAUGUUACCCAUAGUGAUGUCUGUCCGGACGGAAAAAGACGAAGGCGAGGGGCAAACUCUGUACUCAUUGGAGAGCUUCAGUUGUGCACGGAUUCUAGCCUCUGCCAUGGAAAACUUGGUGAAAUAUGCAUUGUUGUCGGCGGAUCCUGGAGAUGCGUGUGCCAACGAGGCAGUGUUCGGCUACCUGGAGCUUCAAGAUGCAUUCCAACAAAGGAAGUCGAGGCUUACAUGAAGGAGCCACUCUCCAACUGCAGCGCAGCUCGUGAAGAUCUACAACUGCGGUUCAGCAAUGCUUCAGGUCUUCUCGCAAAGUUGACGCGACCUAUUCCGCAGACGACAGAAGUACGAAGAGCGCCGAUUACUAGAGAAGUUCCCGCUAGCACAACUGAAAAAAACGAUGCGUCAGCAUGUCCACCGUCAAGCACUCCCUUCAAUGGAACAUGCGUUCCUUUGGUGAACGAAUGCAAGAACAAGACGUUGAACGAUUGUGACCCGGCCGCUACUUGCAUGGAUAAUCCGUUAUCUUACGAGUGUUUAUGUCGAGAAGGUUACCUGGACGUCUCGGCUGAUCCAGUGAAGAAACCUGGACGAAAAUGCAUGAAAUUAGUGAACGAGUGCUCUGAUGCCAAGUACAACGACUGUUCACCUCAUGCGAAAUGUAUCGACAAAACUGUAGGCUAUACUUGCCGAUGUGUGCCUGGCUUUGCGGACACUUCACCGUUGGGACUGAAACGACCAGGAAGGAAAGUUAGAAGAAGUCUGAAUGAGUGCUCAAAUAAAGAAAAAUAUCGUGUUGAUUGUGAUGAGAAUGCAAUUUGUGUGGAUACAGAUGAUUCCUAUACUUGCCAAUGUCGUCCAGGAUAUGCUGACAUUUCUGCUUCGUUCAAUCGAUUACCCGGCCGUCGUUGCAUUGAAGCAGUUAACGAAUGCUCCGUUAAAGGAAUGAAUGAUUGCUCUGAGUUCGCCUUCUGUGAAGAUGCAAAGGAAGGUUACGUAUGUACAUGCCGUCCAGGAUACGUUGACGCAUCCCCGAAUGCUACUCAUUACCCGGGACGAGUUUGUCGUAAGCCUGUCGAGAAACUUACCGUAACCGAGUUUACUAGUUCUUUCUCACAUGAUACAUGUGAUCCGAAGAAGUCUCGCUAUGGCACGUGCCGAGUGGUAAUUGGUGGUAGUGGGCGUCGAAGAUCACGAAUAUGUUUGACCUACUCUGGGGUCCAAGCACUAUUCUCUGCAUGCUCGAGAACUAACGAAUGCGACCGAAAUGCAGUUUGUCUAAAUACUUUCGAUUCCUACAGCUGCCAGUGUCGUCCCGGAUACAUCGACAUGUCGCCAGAUCCGGAAAAGAAGCCCGGAAGGAUCUGCAAAGAACUGGUGAACGAAUGCGCCACGACGAAUAAUGAAUGCUCGCAAUUUGCAAAAUGUGUGGAUCUUACCGAAGGAUACGCAUGUCAAUGUUUGGAGGGAUAUGUGGAUGUAUCGUCAAAGCAUAAACUGCCACCUGGUCGGAGAUGCUCGCAAUCCAACAACGAAUGCGCAUUCAAACAUCUGAACACUUGUGACGAGAAUGCCGAUUGUAUCGACACGCCAGAUGGUUAUACUUGCCAGUGCUAUGCUGGUUUCGUGGACGUCUCCUCAAACGCAAAUCUGCCUCCUGGUCGUGUAUGCACGGUCCAAACAACUUGCCCUAAGCAGAAAACAGAUCUCGUGUUCUUGAUCGAUGGUUCUGGUUCGAUUGGGUCCUAUGUAUUCAAAAAUGAGGUGCUGAGGUUUGUGCGAGAAUUUGUGGAACUGUUCGAGAUUGGCUUGGAUCGCACAAGAGUAGCCCUUAUCCAGUACUCAGAUCAGAUUAGGCACGAGUUUGAUCUGGACCAGUAUACUGACAAGGUAGGACAUCAUCUUCUUUGUGGGACCCAUAGGAAUAUGUUCGAGAGACGGGGAGCCCGACCACAAACCAGCGAUGUCUCAAGGGUAGCCAUAGUGCUUACCGAUGGUCGUUCGCAAGACAAUGUGACUGGUCCAGCUGAAGCUGCUCGCAAGCUGAGCAUUACCACCUUCUCCAUUGGUGUGACCGACCAUGUUCUCGCGAGUGAGCUCGAAGCCAUUGCUGGUUCACCGAAUAGAUGGUUUUAUGCUAAUGAAUUUGCGGUGAGGAAUGCCUGGGUACGCUCUGGACGCCAGAGUUUGGAGUUUCUUCUAGCCUUUUGA